AUGUGGGCCUUCUCGAAUGAUGGUUGCUAUUCUGUGAAAACAGCCUAUAUGCUAGGCAAGUCAUGUAAUCUUGAUCUGUUUCACAAAGCAUGGAUAGAGAUUUGGAAGUUGGAGGUUACCCCAAAAGUCCGACACUUUUUGUGGCGAGUUUGCACGGGAACUCUCCCUGUAAGAGCCUACCUCAUGCAUAGGCACAUGACUAAUGUAGUGAGUUGCCCAUGGUGCGUGGACUACCCAGAAACCGUCCAGCAUGCCAUGUUCGAUUAUCACACUGUGCGUGAACUUUGGGUAGAGUGCGAUUGUGUGGAGAUGUCUUUUUGGCCAACUGGUAUGUCUUUCUUGGAUUUAUUGGAAUCAUGGAGCAAGCUGGACGCAAGGAAGGUGAGUAGAGGUGCGAUUUUAAUGUGGUACUUAUGGAAUCGGAGAAACGAAAUGGUCUUCAAUGGCAAGGAAAUUUAUCAUCCCGUCAUUGUUAAGCGUACUCACCGCCUUGCGGCUGAUUGUAACACCUACAUGAAGAAGAAAUAUGGAGGGGUCAAAAGAAAUUCUUGCCGCAGCCCCAAAGGAUGGAAAGCACAACCGGAAGGUAUUGUUAAACUCAAUUGUGAUGCUUCCUUGUGUGAUGAAGGUUGGGUAGGAAUGGGGGUGAUUGCUAGAGAUUGGAAGGGGGAUACCCUCUUUGCUGCGGCCAGAAGAGUGAGAGCUCAUUGGUCUCCGAUUAUUGCGGAAGGGAAAGCGGUUGCCUUGGCCAUAAAACUUGCAAAACGCCUCGGAUUGAAGGAGGUUAUAAUCGAAUCUGAUAGCCAAGUUAUCAUCAAUCGCUUAACCAAAGCAUCGAUCUUCUUCACUGACCUGGAUGCAAUUUUAGAUGAUAUUUUAUCUUCUUGUUCCUCUUUUUCUUCUGUUGUUUGGUGUCAUGUUAAACGGGACGGUAAUGUUGUGGCUCAUAAUUUAGCCCGUUUAACGCCUUUUGGUGUAGAACAAGUUUGGGAGAACCACGUCCCUUGUGAGGUUUCUCCCUAUGUUUUGAUGGACAAGUUAUCAAUAUAA